UUGCUUUAAGCGCCCAUGUCAGGUCUGCACUGUCACGCAAACUGCUGCGAAUGUCGACAACGCUAGAGCGUCAGCUGGAGGAGCUGGAACUCAUACGAUGCUCUGUGAUGCCCGGCGAAGUCCUGACCUUUGUCGACGAUCACGAUCGAUGGCUGGCGCUGCUGGAUAGGUUCAGUGCUGAACGUACCAUCCCUGCCGACGAUGAUAUCCCUGUUCUGCCUAUCUCUUUCAAAGUCUGGGUCGAGGGUCAUGACCUCCGUGUCUAUGUGUCGCUUCCUGUCGAUUACCCGGAAGUUUCGAAGCUGCCGAACGUCGCGGUCAAGGGUACUACUAUUAGUCGAGCAGAACAAGACCGGUGGACGAGCCUGAUACGGGAGAGACUACAGGAAGCUUCGGACAAUGAGCAACCUACGUACAACCUUGUCGCUUUGAACCUCUUUCCCCUUCUACACGAAGAUGCCGAGAAACGCAGUGCCGAAGCUACCUCAUUAUCGUCAGUUAGUCUUACAGACACUCCUACCUCUCCCGAACCUCUCUUCCACGCCCUCUUCACUUCUCACCACCUCGUCUCGCCCACUAAGCGCCGCAACAUGCAAUCCUGGACCGCCUCGUUGAACAUCUCCGGCUUCGCCAAAGUCGGCUAUCCAGGUGUUAUCUACGCCUACGGCCCCAAAGACGCUGUCGAAGACUUCGUCGACCGCGUGAAGGCGAUGCAGUGGCUGGCACUGCGUUUGCGAUUUCUGGACGCGCUGCCCGAGGAGGAGCAGGACGCGAGCAAGGCAGUGGAGCGCAAGUGGGGCGAGCUGCAUAAGGUGGGAGAGGUGGUGGAGGAGAUGCGGAGGCUGGGACGCGAGAAAUAUGUCACAGAGUUGGGGAUUGGGACGUCGGGGAGCGAGUAAGCGCUGAAUGCCAUAGUGUAUAUGCUGCCUCUCUUCUCAUUGCCUUCCAUGACCUCUUCAUGGUUCUCUGUGCGCUGAAAUCAUCUCCGGAUUCUUUGAGUUGUUGCCAACGGCACCUAGGACCUUCGGACAUUAGCAACAAAAUUCGCCAUAUUUGGUCGUAACGAG